AUGGCAUUCAGCGGCAGCCGCGGCAUUGAAGCCAACGACAAGGACGACCAGGAGAGAUUCGACAUUGUCCUUUCUCCUUACCGCAAGAACAGAAGACUUCUCAGAGUCAAGAGCCUCCCGUUUGCGGAGACCAGGGCCCGCGUCGAGGCUUUCCUCAAUUCGAAGCUCGCCAAGCCGGACUCUGCCAGCUUCAACUGGCCUCCCUCGCGAUGGAGUCGUGUUUCUCUCGUUCAGAGAGCGCAACGACUGUGUCAGGGCCGAUCGAGACCUCAAAGGGGUCAUGUACUCAGGACCAAGAGGCACCCGCGAGUUGGUCAUCCAAUUAGACAGAGGCAGAAACCUCGUAAGUUCAACUUCCUCUACACACAACACGCUUUUCUAACUGCGUACCAGGCUAUUCCAGCCGCUGCUAGGCACAGGCUUCGUAAUUCCAAUGCAGCCAACAGCGCUGCGGAAACGCCUGAGCAACAGAUGCCCCAUCCUGUCUCAUCCACGGGUCCCACCGUCGAAAUUCCAUCUCUUUCUCGAACAACUCAGCGAUAUGACUUCGACAUGGCUCGACGAGCCUUCGACUAUAUUGAAUCUGGACUCGCUGCUCCAACUGAAGCUGAACGCAUGCGGCUUAUACAAGAGUUCUUUACCAACGAGAUGAAGAUCAGAUCGGAGAGAUAUGGUAACGAUGGUGGUGUGGCCUCAGAGAUCUCCGGCGCUGUCGUUUCCCCCAUGCCCCUUCUUUCUUCUCCUGCUCCUGCUCGCAAAGCCGAUGAGAUUUCUUCCUCUGGUGCUCCGACGGUCCUGACGCUCAAUCCGCGCCCAGCAAAUUCUACUGGCACAUCCUCUCGGACAGAUUUCCAAACCUGGAAAGCCUUCAUCGGUGCCUUGAGUGAUUCAGACGAUGAUCAUGAGAACAACGUUGGCGCCAGACUUGGUUACGAUUAA